UGAUUGGAGGGGAGUUGUCGGGACUGAAUUGAAGGCAGCAUAAGUUGUGAUCUCAUACCACCUGGAACAAAUCGUUCAGUUAUUGCCUGAAAGUUAACGUGGUAAACACUUUUCUUGUAAAUUACCGCCAAAGAUCCUUCUAUUUAUUAACAUUGGCAAGAACAUUGAAACUGAGUGCUCUUCUAGUUGAAACUUGGCAGUAUGGAGGAAGAACAGAUCUUUUACUUCGAUAUUGAGAUGAUGGCACUCAUUAAGUUGAAUCGAGAAAAUCAGCUUAUAAAAGCGAGACUGACUCCAGAGCUGGCCGUAGUAGAUGACGGUUGGGGAACGUUGCUGCAUUAUGCAGCUUAUUGCGGUAACGAUGAUGUUAUCAAUUAUUUAAUCGAGCUAGGAGCUGAGGUUGACUGCUUGAAUAUAGAUGGGCGAACCCCUCUCAUGCUAGCUGUACACACUAAAAGCGGAGCAGCGGUUGAUGCUUUGUUGAACGCUGAAGCUGACAUCCAUGUUAUAAGUCCUGAAAAAGUGGACGUUAUAUGCAUGGCUUUUCAUCCAGCUUAUGACCAAGAUGACAUUGCCGAACUGAUUGGUCUCCAACUUUAUCGUGAAACAAAAGAAACAGAACAAUUCGUUGAGAAGAUAAUUAAUGCUGGAUGCUCGUUUUACACAGCUUCACUUUUUGGAAAUAUCGACGUGCUAGAAUCUAUGAUGAACCGCGGUUAUGACGUCAAUUUUAGAGGUACCGAGGGCAAAACUGCACUGCAUAUUGCCGUCGAGAAAAAAAACUUGAAAAUGGCGGAAUGGCUGGUUGAACGAGGCGCAAAUAUCAACGCACAAGAUAACUUUACGCGCAGCGUAUUACUAAACGCCGUAUGGUUCAAACACACGGCCAUGGUCAAACUUUUUCUGGAGUUCGGUGCUGAUCCGGACAUCAAGCAUACUAUCGCGUGCACGCCAUUAAUUGAAGCGUGUAGACGGUAUAGACUACGGAAACAACGGCCGAAAUCCCGGCGCAAAGCUUGUGCCACGCAAGCCAGCUGAUUCUAAAAAUGAUAACGGAGGUCCCAUCGGUUUACGAUUUUCCCACUGGAUUUCGGUCAAACAGGAUCCCAAAGAAAUUCUUAGUAGCUCAUUUGGCGCUACUCGACAGACGUGAAUAGUCAUGCGCGCGACAAGCCAUACAUUGUAAUAAUCGAGAACGACAAACGGUUUUUGCGGAAAUAAGAAAGCAUUAUGAAUGUUUUCAUCAAGUACUCGAUGUCAUGUGCCGUUAAUCCAUCGCUAUUGCACAUGCUAACAAUAAGUGAACGGACAUUGAGAAGAUUUGUGCGGCAAGAAGACGCAUUCAUUUUUAUCAUUGAAAACGUCUGCUUCAAGGCUUCAAGUACAAGCUGAGCGAUCAAUUCCCUUAUUUUUUCAACGGUCUUUUUCAAGAAACUCUAUUUGCCAAUUGGUUUAGUGAAGCUAGAAGAUGGAAGAAUUUCGAUCUUUUAUGAUACAUUCUACGAAAAUCAUGACGAAUACUAACUUGCCACGCAAAAAAUAACCGAACACCUGAAUAAGCGUGAGCUCGAACAAUUGAAUCGUGCCUGAGAUUUGAAUGUCGCUUAGCGAUUUCGAAUUAACUGAACUAAAUAUAGUAAUAUAUUUGUUGCGGUAGCGCUCGACGAUAUCAACUAAUGUCGAGCGUUAUCGCAUAAAAAAUUCUUUUCAUUGAAAUCAUGAGCUGAAUAAAAUGGAUAAGUUUUUUAUUGACUUUCUUUUAUUGACGGUUUCUAAAAGAUAAUCCAUAUUCAGGAAAAAGUAUGUUUACUUACAGUACAAUUAAUUAAUUUUUUAGAUUUCUAUAUCCAGCCGUAACUUCAUACAAAAUUUGAUAAGAUCGUUUUCCAAUUAUUACAUCACUCUUGCAAGCAUGUGUAAACACAUAUAAAUAAAGUGAACCGCUCAAAAUCGA